AUGAAGGUGUUCACCGUGGGCCUCGACGACAAGGAGAAGGCCAAGAGCCUCGAUGAAAAGCUUGAAACCGGCUCGCUGGCGUCGAGCAGCUGCUCGGAGCCGCCGCUGAAGCCGGCCGCACAGCUGCCGGUGGCCACGCAGAAGAAGUGCAGAAGGAGUCCAUUUAAGGACAUGCGCCUCGCCUUCCUCAAAGCGAUCCUCCAGAAGCUGAAGGCCGCCGCGACUGAUGGAGCCCUGCCGGGACCCGUACAUGUGUCGGUGUUGGAGAUCAAGAAGCAGCCGCUGAUUGGGGAGACCGAGGACGAUCUGGAAGAGCCCCCACAGCCGGCCAUCGUGCCCGACGCCGCCGAAGCGAAGCGCAUCGACGCCGACGAGCAGCCGGCCCGCUUCACCGACCUGAACGAGGAGGACCAGGGCGACGAUGGAUUUGAGCAGAAGGAGCAGUUCAACGUCCCGGCCGACGUCAUCGCCGAUGAGCGACCGGAGGUUGUCGAGGGGACGAAGGUCGAUGAAAAGCCGCAUUCCGCCGAGCAGCAGCCCUCCGUGGUUAACGAGCAGCCGGCUGCGGCCAUCGACGUGCACCCAGUCCAGGAGCCCGGAAGCUCAGGCAAAUUCUUGCCCCUCCGCGACUCUUUUGACGACCCGCCACCGCCAGCGGCGGCCGCUCCUGAAAAGAAGGUGGAUGCGGAGCCGUCGAUCCCGGCCGAGGCUAUCUCCGACGAUGACUCUUUCCAUGUCGACAAGAAUUCACCGUUCUUCCAGAUCGAUGACCCGAGCAGCUUCGUCGCCAAAGCC